UGCCCACAUGUAAGUGUAGAAAACUACAUACAGUGUGUGCAGUGUGUGAGUUCUAUUGGAACUUCUCAAAAGACAUACACAGGUUUUUUUUCCUAAGCUAAGUCAGCUAUAUGGCUUUAAUAGACCAAGAUGUUGCUGAAAAGUUUCUGGACAGUAAUCCUGCCUUUGCCAAGCAAUACUACGAUUCCCACUUUAGGGCCCAGGUUGUGUCGAAACUGCUUUCCACAUCCAAGAAGACAGAAGUGGACAUCAGCCAGUACCAUGACCUGAGCUCGGUGGAGGAGAGCGAGUUUGUGUUUGACAUGGUGCGGGACCUGCAGGACCACCUCCAGAUGGAGAAGGCUCUGUUCAACCUCAUGCGCCAUCUGAGCUUCAUCAUGCACGCUGACCGUAUGAGCCUGUUCAUGUACCGGCAGAGGAAUGGCACGGCCGAGCUGGCUACUCGCCUCUUCAAUGUCCACAGAAAUUCCACAAUGGAGGAGUGCCUGGUUCCUCCAGACAGUGAGAUUGUGUAUCCACUAGACAUGGGUAUUGUGGGGCAUGUUGCCACUGUAAAGAAGACAGUUAAUGUACCUGAUGUGACACAGUGCCCGCACUUUAGUGACUUUGUGGACAAACUGACAGAGUAUGAGACGAAGAACAUUCUGGCGACUCCCAUCAUGAACGGGAAGGACAUGGUUGCAGUCAUAAUGGCGGUUAACAAGAUUGGUGGCUCCUGUUUUACCACACAGGAUGAAGAGGCUCUGAACAAAUAUUUGAACUUUGCCAACCUUGUCCUUCGAGUUUUUCACCUGAGCUAUUUGCACAACUGUGAAACCAGAAGAGGGCAGGUUUUGCUCUGGUCUGCCAGCAAAGUGUUUGAAGAGCUGACGGAUAUCGAAAGGCAGUUCCACAAAGCCCUGUACACAGUGCGAGCCUUCCUCAACUGUGACCGCUACUCUGUGGGCCUGUUGGACAUGACCAAAACAAAAGAAUUCUUUGACCUUUGGCCUGUUCUUAUGGGUGAGGUGCCUCCAUAUACAGGACCAAAGACUCCUGAUGGCAGAGAAAUCAUCUUCUACAAAGUGAUUGAUUAUAUAUUACAUGGAAAGGAGGACAUUAAAGUAAUACCAAACCCUCCUGCUGAUCACUGGGCCCUGGUUAGUGGACUGCCUACCUAUGUGGCUGAAAAUGGCCUGAUCUGUAACAUCAUGAAUGCUGCCCAGGAUGACUUCUUUAACUUUCAAAAAGAGCCUUUGGAUGAAUCAGGCUGGACUGUAAAAAAUGUCCUGUCUCUACCCAUCGUGAACAAGAAAGAGGAAAUAGUUGGCGUGGCAACAUUCUAUAACAGGAAAGAUGGAAAGCCAUUCGAUGAAAUGGAUGAAACUCUAAUGGAGUCCCUGACUCAGUUCCUGGGUUGGUCAGUGCUCAACACAGACACUUAUGAUAAGAUGAACAAGCUAGAGAAUCGCAAGGACAUUUUUCAGGACAUGGUGCUUUACCACGUCAAGUGCAGAAAGGAUGAGAUCCAGAACAUCUUGAAUACACGUGAGUUGUAUGGGAAAGAACCAAAUGAAUGUGACGAAGAUGAACUGGAAGAUAUUCUGGCUGAAACUCUACUAAACUCAAAGGAAACAGAGAUCUAUGAGUUUCAUUUCUGUGACUUUGAGCAUUCUGAGCUGGACCUGGUUAAGUGUGGUAUUUCAAUGUACUAUGAGCUUGGAGUAGUCGACAAGUUUCAUAUACCUCGUGAGGUGCUGGUGAGAUUUGUGUACUCAGUCAGUAAAGGCUAUAGAAAGAUCACCUACCACAACUGGAGACAUGGAUUUAAUGUGGGCCAGACGAUGUUCACACUUCUCAUGACGGGUGACCUGAAGCGCUACUACACAGAUUUGGAAGCCAUGGCCAUGGUCACAGCUGGCUUAUGCCACGAUAUCGAUCACCGUGGGACAAACAACCUCUACCAAAUGAAAUCUGCGAACCCACUGGCAAAGCUGCACGGUUCUUCCAUUCUUGAGAGGCACCAUCUGGAGUUUGGUAAAACCCUGCUGAGAGAUGAAGACUUGAAUAUCUACCAGAAUCUUAAUCGACGGCAGCAUGACACUGUCAUCCAUUUGAUGGAUGUAGCAAUUAUUGCCACAGACUUGGCUUUGUAUUUCAAGAAAAGGGCCAUGUUUCAAAAAAUUGUGGACCAAUCCAAAACUUAUGAGAACUGGAACGACUGGACAAAGUACAUGAUGCUGGAGACGACCAGGAAAGAAAUUGUGAUGGCCAUGAUGAUGACUGCCUGUGAUUUGUCUGCUAUUGCCAAGCCCUGGGAGAUCCAGAGCAAGGUGGCACUGUCUGUGGCUGCGGAGUUUUGGGAGCAGGGUGACCUGGAGAGGACUGUGCUUGAGCAACAACCUAUUCCCAUGAUGGACAGAAACAAAGCAGAUGACCUACCCAAACUGCAGUGCGGUUUCAUUGAUUUCGUCUGUUCCUUUGUGUAUAAGGAGUUCUCUCGCUUCCAUGUACAGAUCACGCCCAUGUUGGACAGGCUACUAAACAACAGGAAGGAGUGGAACGCUCUUAAAGAAAUACAUGAGGCCAAGCUGGCAAAGAUUGAGGAAGAAAAGAAGGCUAAGGAAGAGGCCACAGCUGCAGCAGCAGCUGCCAAACAGGCAAGCACAGCCCAGGCCUCCCAGUCCAAGACCUGUGUCCUUAGCUGAAAAGGAAAUCUAUCUAUCUAUCUAUCUAUCUAUCUAUCUAUCUAUCUAUCUAUCUAUCUAUCUAUCUAUCUAUCUAUCUAUCUAUCUAUCUAUCUAUCUAUCUAUCUAUCUAUCUAAUUUAGGAAUCACAACAACUGCUUUAUGUCAUUUACGUAGACUGGGGUGAGUAAAUAUACUAAAUAAAUCCACUAUGUGAUCUGUA